AUGGUGGCCAUGGCCUUCGGAGCCACAGGAACCCUCGAGGGCACGGCGCCGCUGAUGGGCUGGCGUUCCUGGAACGCCUUUGGGCCGAACGUGAGCCAGCAGGUUAUGCGAAGUAUCGUGGCCGCGAUGGUGAAGCCACGAGGCGACGGGCGGAGCCUCUCCGACCUCGGCUUCUCGGACGCCGGCCUGGACGACCACCUGCAGGUGUGCGGAGCCGGCCUCCACGGCGGCUUCCACGACGCACAGGGGAACCCGAUCAUCAACACGACCAGGUUCCCCGAUCUCGGGGAGCUCGUCAAGUUCGCCCACGAGCGGAACGUCAGCAUGAGUUGGCAUUUCAACAAUUGCAAGUGCCGGGACAACGACCAACACAGCGAUGUCGAGAUCAUGGCUCGCUACGAGGCCGAUGUGGCAGCUAUGAAGAAGUUGGGCUUCGAUCGUGUAGAGCCCGCCACGGUAGGGGGGCUGCCACCGGACUACAGGAAUGUCUCGGACAUCGAGCCGGAGUUCGACGCCAUGCUCGCGAACCUCCAGGCGCGGUGCUUGCGGCCCGCGCGGUCAUGA